UUUUAUUUUAUUUUUGUACACAAAUCUUUGCAUCUGAGCUGUGCGAGUCCGACUGAAAACUCACUCUCAUACAUUCCAAAAUCCUCACUCUAAAAACACACACACACACACACAAAAAAGUUUAUUUUUACUGUUUCUCUGUGCUUUCCCUUUUUCAAGUGUUUGUUUGUUGCUGUUGUGUGUGUAUAGACUAUAGAGGUGUAGAUUUUAAUUAAUUAAUUAAUUUAACGACUGUGCCACAAUUUGUGGGCAACUCCAAAUCAUUGCUCUCCCUCACUUUUGUCUCCAAAAAGCUUUCGCCCUCUUCAAUUAGCGUAUGCACAUUCUGUAAUCAAUCCAGCAUUCCCUUUUUUAUCCCAUUAGGGUUUCGGCGUGUUUCUCUGUGUGUGUGAUUCGUUGAUUGGGGAGGUUGUUUUUGGAUGCAGAGAAAGUUGCGGGAAAUGUGGUGAGAGGAUGAGUCGAUGAGAGAGUGGGAUGGGGUGUGUGUUUGGGAAAGAAGUGUCGGCGAAGCUCAGUGAGGCACAGAAGGAGAGGAAGCAGGAAAAGGAUAGGGCUGAGAGAGCUGAGGUUGAGGUUGGGGAGGCUCAGAACGGCGGGAAUCGGAAGGAGAAUGAGGAGGGGGAGGCGGAGGAGGAGAGGAGUGCGCGGCCUCGGAGAAGGUCUUCGAGGCCGAAGCCGAAUCCGCGGUUGAGUAAUCCGCCGAAGCACGUGUAUGGAGAACAGGUCGCCGCCGGCUGGCCCUCUUGGCUCUCAGCGGUCGCCGGCGAAGCCAUCAAUGGCUGGACGCCCCGGCGGGCCGACACCUUUGAGAAGCUCGAUAAGAUUGGGCAAGGUACAUACAGUAAUGUCUACAAAGCCAGGGAUGCUUUGACGGGAAAGAUUGUUGCAUUGAAGAAGGUUCGAUUUGACAAUUUGGAGCCUGAGAGCGUAAAGUUCAUGGCCAGAGAGAUUCUCAUCCUGCGCCGUUUAGAUCAUCCCAAUGUUGUAAAAUUGGAAGGUCUGGUGACUUCGAGAAUGUCCUGUAGUUUAUACCUUGUAUUUGAAUAUAUGGAGCACGAUUUGGCUGGCCUUGCUGCAAGCCCUGUAAUCAAGUUCACAGAACCUCAGGUCAAAUGUUAUAUGCACCAAUUAUUAUCCGGGCUUGAACACUGUCACAACCGUAAUGUGCUGCAUCGUGAUAUAAAGGGUUCAAAUCUUUUACUUGACAAUGAAGGGGUUCUUAAGAUUGCUGAUUUUGGAUUGGCUUCAUUCUUCGAUCCUAAUCAGAAGCAGCCUAUGACCAGCAGGGUGGUUACUUUAUGGUAUCGACCUCCGGAACUUCUUCUCGGUGCUACUGAUUAUGGUGUAGGUGUGGACCUCUGGAGUGCUGGUUGCAUUUUAGCUGAGUUGUUGGCAGGGAAGCCUAUCAUGCCUGGUCGCACAGAGGUGGAGCAGCUUCAUAAGAUAUUUAAGCUCUGUGGUUCUCCAUCUGAAGAGUAUUGGAAAAAGUCAAAGUUGCCACAUGCAACCAUAUUUAAGCCCCAACAAUCAUACAAACGAUGCAUCACCGAGACUUUCAAAGAUUUUCCACUAUCAUCGUUGCCACUAAUCGAGACCCUCCUUGCAAUUGACCCAGCUGAACGUCAGACGGCCACUGCUGCAUUGAGGAGUGAAUUCUUCACAUCUAAACCUUUUGCAUGUGAGCCUUCUAGCCUUCCCAAAUAUCCUCCAAGCAAGGAGAUGGAUGCUAAGCUACGGGACGAGGAAGCUAGAAGAUUGAGAGCUGCUGGGAAAGCAAACGUAGAUGGUGUGAAAAGAUCUCGCCAGCGUGAUCGAGCUGUAAGGGCAAUUCCUGCUCCAGAAGCAAAUGCUGAGCUUCAAGCCAAUCUUGAUAGGAGGCGGCUAAUAACACAUGCAAAUGCAAAGAGCAAGAGUGAGAAGUUUCCUCCUCCACACCAAGAUGGAACGCUUGGCUAUCCUUUGGGUUCUGCACAUCAUAUGGAUCCAGGUUUUGAUCCCCCUGAGGUUCCAUUCAGUUCUACACACUUCUCAUAUUCAAAACCAUCUAUCCAAACUUGGUCUGGGCCAUUGGUGGAAUCUGCUGCUGGUGGUGCUCCAAGGAGAAAGAAACAUACAUCUGGUGAUGCACAGUCAAAAUCAUCAAAGAAAAGAUAAAAGGGUUCUGCUCGGAUCAAAGAGAAACAGGCAUGUCAUAUAAUCUUAAUUCAUGAGGCUGCAAAUGCUGCUCACUCUCAGUCUUGGUAUAUUCGAGCCGGGAAAGCCAAUUAAAUUAAAAAGAGAGGUAAUACACAUCUUGUAAUCCAGUUUUCACAUUUCUUGUUCUAUUUUUGCAUCGCGAGUCUUCUCAAUAUUGUAUAUUUUUUUUAUAUAUUAUUUCCCUCGAGUUGAAAUACUCUAUUAGGUCAGUCGAACUGUUGAAAUUAUAAUAAACCCUACCUAGUGGUGUUUGAUUUUUCUGUAUAUCUUGGUUUCUUCUUAGUGAAGUACUUUCAUAUAGUUAUUCCUCUCAGAGAUCUUGCUUUCGGGCUGUUCAUAUAACGAAUAUUUAAGUCAAUCCUUAUUCCCAGUGUUGGGGUCUAUGGAUAGAAGUGAGCUUGGAUUCGAAUGCCCGAAUGUUCAAAUGGCAAUUUAUAAUCAAUCCACCAAUGUCUCCGAAAUAAGAACAUUAAACGGAAUAUGUCCGGGGUGUACGUACGUGGCGUCGCACGUACAAAGGAUGCUGAACCCGUUCAUGCGAUUUUCAAGAUGGGUAGGAGCGUUUGGUGACAACUACCAAUCUACCCCAUUGAGUGAUGCUGAAAUAUGAACAUUAUCAAAUAUUCCAUGUACUUAAUUACCCAUGACAAAAUCUUCUCUAAUGGGCAGUUAGCUUGCUUCACCAGCACGAAAUCAAUCUCUAAAUCCAAUCAUUCACUUAAUAAUGCCAGACGGUAAUUGAGUGUUUUCCUCGAACAUUGCACGCUGACAAUUGCCUAAAAGCAAUUAAAGCACUCAAUUGGCCCAUUUCACAUGCCAAUUUUAAAAGCAAUACCCCAUUCCUACCCUCUUUUACUGUUAAACAACAACUACAACAAUAAUAAUAAUAAUAAUAAUAUACCGUCUUUUUACUUUUCUUCGCCUCUUUUACCUUACCUGUCUUCUGUUCCUGACUUCUUUUCUGUAUGAAAGAAGUAGGGUGUUGCGAGAACAGAUAGGUGAAGUUCAACGAAGAGAUCCUCAAAGGACCUAAACUGCUACCUGUUAUUCAUGCUGCAGCCAUUAAUGUUCCAGAGCAACAAACUUUCCAAAUGGCAACAGAGAAUCAACCUCUACUAAGCAUUCAAAGAUGUGGCUGUUCAAGAGUCUUCCCCACCAGUUUUCUCAUGAAUUCUUGCAUGCAACUCAACUAGAAAUAUUAGUGGCCACGUAUCUGUUGAUCUCCUAACUAGCAUAUUAUUUUAUACUUCUCAAAGAAAGGUAGGUGGAAGAGGAACAGCUGCUGGGUUUGACAGGCAGGUUGUGAAGCUAACAACUUCAUAGAAUUGCUUUACGUCUCACAUACAUAUUUCUGGCUGUCGCAAAAUCUAUAUAUGUAAUGUAGCAUAUCGAAACCGUACGUACAUUAAUCUGAGAGCCUGCCUCUCUCUAUAUAUACAUACAUGUCCAGUGGCCUAACUGCAUCUUCACAAGCCUAACUAACUCCCUAUCUAAGAUUCUUUGUUUCUUGCUUUCCCACUUAUUGCUUGCUAUCUCCAACCUUAACACACACACACACCCGAGCAAACUCUCUUUACUCUCAGAACUUGGUUUUGCAGCAAGUUUCUACGGUGACAGCAGCAGUACUGAGCCUGAAUGAGACCGCCGCGUCCCGGUGGGCCUCCGCCUGGCUGGGGUCCUCCUGGACCUCCCGGCCCUCCGGCUCCAUUGCCUGGACCACCGGGCUUUGCGGGUGGCUUGUUCGGUGGAUUAUGCAGCACCAUAUCUUCUUGCUUCUACUGGAUAUGCUGCUGCUGGUUGCUCCAAGACUGCAUUGGUGGUCCACCUGAGCCUCCUGCUAGCCCACCACCCCCACCUCCUCCUGGGCCUGCUUGGACACCUCCCCCACCUGGACCACCACCACCACCACCUACUGGGCCUGCAUGGACACCUCCCCCACCUGGACCACCACCACCUCCUCCUCCUGGGCCUUUAUGGGCACCUCCUCCUGGGCCUCCUUUACCCUUAAGUGGCCCUCCGCCUCCUGACCCCUUUUUUGACCCGUUUCCUCCACCUGGCCCUCCUGGGGGGCCACCUGGACCUCCGCCACCACCUUAAUGUUGUAAUUUCACAUAUUAUAUAUUGAGAGUAUCCAUCUGUAUCCAUUACAGACAUUUAUGAAGAUUUCUAGCCGAGAAAUCUAUUGGAUGUGUUCAAAUAAAGAUUUGUUUAGGCA